CAAAAAUAUGGUUUAAGUUAAAAUUUAUUAAUCUAAAAUUUCAUAAAACAUUGUUAGUGUUUUCAAAUCGAUUCUCUUGAAUUUUCACAAAAAGAUUCUUUUGGUCUAGUGAUAUUUCUAAUCGUUAUAAGUCUUUUAUACUAGGAGUAAAAUGCUUAUUCAUAUACGUAUUUGGAUUAUUCGAUUUCGUAUAAACUAGCUAGGAGACAUCACUCAAUGGAUAGGGUAUCCGUCAAUCGCUAACGAUUAAAUCAUAUUGUGGACAUUAAUAACUAUUCGUGUAAGAAUAUUCGCAAAACCUUUAUUGUCUAUGUGUGUUGGGGUAUAUAAUAAAGAUAUAGAUAAAUGAGGUAUCGAGGCAGAUGUUAGUGGUCAUUGACCAAGUGGAAAGGUUCAGACAGGGCUCCAAGGACCACCGUUAUGUGGAUGUUCGUCACACAUCACAACGUAUAUUUAAUCAGGCAGACUAAUUGACUAAAUGAAAACAAAUAAAAUAAAAUUAUUAUCAUUAACUACGUAACUCAUAACAAUUAUUCGAACGCACAAAUUAUAAUGACCAAAUAAAGUUGCUUUUUCGAUACUCAAGUAAACUCUUUAAUUACCGCAAAACAAAUACUAUAUUUAACGAAUAUCAUAACAACCAGCGUUUUUUUACAAAUGCUAUUAAAAACACCAUUCGACCUAGCUAAUAGUGAAAAAUAGAAGUAACACAGUUUUUUUUCUAUAUAAUACAUAAACAUCUUGGUUAAUACUUCUUCAGUCACUUUGAUACCAUCAACUCCGUUUUUGUGUUCAAACAGAGAACUUCGACUAUGAAUUAUAUAUAUAAGCAGUUUACUUGUUAACUAUAGAUCAUAUAUAUGAGCAGAGACCUGUGGACACAUUUAAGAAUAUGUGCUUAGAUAUUUUAAAUCACUAGGAAAUAGAAUAUCCAGCCCAUUGUGAAACGGGUUUAACGAGAAUGACCGUUCCGCAUUAUCAGACCUACCUACUAGCACAACUAGCACAGCUGCCAAGCUCGUGUACCAUUAAAUAUCUUGAAACAACCAAGUAACUAUUGUUGACCGAUACUAUUAUUGAUAUUUUCAUUCACUGCGGAUACUUAGAAAAUGCGGUGAUGUUGUGAUGAGUCUCCAUAACGCCUGGCUAUUAGAGAAUAGCAAUAUACUAUCAUGCAAUCAUAUUAUGUGGUUGAGGAUCACGAGGCUCCCACAAAACAACCAAUCACAUCGAGUCAAUAUCUCGUGGUUUGCUACUAUUGGAAGUUCAAUGAUUUUUUUGUCCAGAAAAAGUUGUAAUCUCUAGAAAGCUUCCACGUUGUUACAAUUUAAACUUCACCUAUUUUCGCUCUUUUUCUAUCAAAACCUAAAUAACAAAAGAGUUGAUGCAUAAGAAAUCCUCUGUUUUUUAAAAUGUGUGUUCUCUAGUCAUUUAAAUAUUUUUAUACAAAGAUGCGAUAUUUUAAGGAAAAAUCAAAUCAAGAAGUUUGAAAAGAGAAAUGAAUGGUGGCAUGAUUCCAUAGUAUAAAUAAUACUAGUCCAUAUAAAAUUAUUUGGCUGUGUCCAGAUAAUUAUAGCCAUCAAAAUUGGCACCACUUGGUCGCCCCUCUUUAUUCCAUUCUCUUCAUCCUUUGUGUAUUUUUCAUAUAUAAAAUAUUAAUGUAUUUAUUGGAGAUGUAGUAUCAUGAUAUCAGUUCAUGCAGUAUAGUAUUUAACAAGCUCCUAGAAAUGUGAUUUCAGCAGCGCGGUUAACAUUUAAUGAAACCAACAUAUAGAUGCAUCAUGCAUGCUGUCUAUGUCAUACGCCAUCAUUUGCAAUAUUCUGCCAUUUUUGUAGUAAAAUACCAAAAUGAAUUUCACUUAAGAAUAGAUCAGUAUUAAGUUCUAUAGGUUUAUGCUAUGCAUAACAUAAAACUAUAGUUGUUGAGGUAUAAAUAAUUAGAUUUAAGAUACCUAGUUAAUGCUAGUUAUUAUACAUAUAUAUAAACAACCUAAAACGUAACCAAAAUUAAGAUAUCUAAUUAAUGUAAUGCAUGCACAACAAAAUGUAUUAUGUUAUAUUAAAGCAAAUAUUAAAUCAUUACGGUUACUAAAGGAAAACCCAAAACUCAAUUUCAACAUUAUUAUUCAGUGUUACAGAAUAAUAUAAAGACCAGAGUCAUCACCAUCGUCAAAUUAAAUGGAAAACAAAAGUAAUACAUGUUAAACAAUUAAUCCGAUUCCAUUUGAACAUUAGAAUAUAACAUAUAUUUUAUCAUUUUAUUCGAGUAUGUUCCUCCUAACGAAUAUAUAUUUGACAAUACCAUCUUCCCGUUCAUGCCCAUCUCGUGUCCUCUCUACCUCUCUUACAACCUAAAAAAAAAACACAUACACACGAAGAAGAGAGAGCAAACUUUCCUUCUCUUUCUUCCUCCACCAAUGGCAGCCUAUAGAAGCUUUCAUCAAAUAUUCGAGAACCCAAUACAAAACAAGACUCCAAAGUCUUUUCUUGAUACACUCUCCUCUUCUUCGCCUUGGAACCCAAUCCCCAUCAAAGGGUACCACGUCACUGACCACGACGAAACGCCACCGUUUACAGAGAUAUUCGGUGAGCUCCACUUCAAGGAAUCAUCCUCAACCGAGAACAGCAGUCUGCAGCUGUGUACCGAAGGUCUAGGGUCAGAGAGUUAUUACGACUUGGAAGAUGGAAAAGUCAACUGUGACGGUAACGGAGAAGAUGAGAUUGAAGUAAAGGGUAAAGAAGAAAACGGAAGCAACGAUGAGGAGUGUGGACCACAGGAAAAGGAACGGAAAGAGUAUCCGCCGGCGAUGACGAGGAUGAGCUUCAAGACGUAUAGAGAAGAAGGGAGGCUUGUGUUGGAAGAAGUUAGGAUUCCGAGGAGAGAAUUUCUUCGAGCCAGCCGUGAAGACGGUAGACUCAAAUUGAAGCUGGUUCAAUCCGAUGAGGAUGAAGAUGAGAAGAAAGAUAAACCGGUCUGAUUUGUAUCCUUAACUCCCUAUUACACAAGAUCAGUGACAGUAAUAAACGUACAAAUGUUAAAAACCUUUGUUAUGCGAGUUUUGUACUUAACUAAACUUAAGCUUUUAUCGCUUAACUAUGCCGUUCUAUAAUGUUACCAGUGCCAAGGUCGAAUAUUCCUUUUUAAAGAUUAGAUUUGUUUUUUUUUUAUU